UGUUGAAACACAUAUCGAAACAAUGAUUGAUAUCAGCCUCUUGUCCGGAUCCUCAUUUAGCGCAAUUGUAGACUUCGGUGACUCUACAGAACUGACACUAGAAUAUGAAGAUCCAAUGCGAAGUAUACCUCCCAUUCCACACACAUAUACUGAACCUGGAACAUAUGUCAUCACUGCUACCUUUUCAAAUGAUGUCACAGAAGAGUUGAUAAUGACAAGUCAAUCUAUCAUAGCCCAACACAGAGUAAAGGGCUUUAGUAUUGACACUAUCGAAUCUGUAGGCAUAAUAGGAGAAACCGAGGAGAACCUCAUUGGUGAGGUCAUUGUUAACGUAAGAAGAGACAUUACUUUGACUGAAAUCCCAACAGCAACCAAGAUUGAACUUCUUACCUACAAUGUAACCCAAGUAAAAGUAGCUCAAGUGGAGGACUAUAUAUCAUUUCAACAAGAAAUAAGGCAACCAGGUAUAUAUACCGUAGAGGUGGAAGUGUCUAACCUUGUAAGUUCAGAAGUCUUCUCUGCAAGCUAUGAAGCUUAUAUAG